UAACUUUUUAGUGCCGCACCAGGAAGAGAAUUGUUUACAUACAACUUGCUGAUUUGGGGCGAAAUAGUUCUUUGAUCAAUCCAAUUGUAUGUGAAAGUUAAUUUUCUGAUCAGUAUGAAGGCUCACGUCGAGCUUCGGUUGUAUAAAUCACAUUAAUGAUCUGUAUUCCGACAGUGUGCGGGCACAGUGAGGUUCGGCCGAGCAGGUGCGGCGUGGAAGUUACACAGAGGUGUCGGCUGUGGACACUCAGCAGGACACAUGGCAGAGGAAGGCAACAAGCUGACACUAAGGCGCCUGGAGGGACCCAUCAACAAGUUCAUUAAAGUAGCUCUGCCCACGGACCUGGAGAGGCUGCAGAAACACCACAGUAACAUACUGAAGUAUCAACAGAGCCAGCAGUGGGAGCCCCUCCAUCAGGAGCAAAUAAAUGCCAGCAGAACUGUUCAGCAACUGAGAGCCAACAUGAGAGAGAUGGAGCAGCUGUGCAGCCGGGUCCGAUCUGAAGACGCCGAAGCUCUGGAGGAGCUCGUAAAGCCGGUCAGGGACAGAGCGUCAGCCGCAGCACAGGACUUCCUGCUUCUGCACUCCAACCCGCCCCCACCGGUCCCCGCGGCGCCGCCGGACACUCGCCCCUCCAUCAGUCGGUCCAGCAGCUGCCACGAUCUGGAGGAGGAAGACGAGGAGCCGCUGUCGGACCUGCAGAUUCAACUUCGGCUUCCAGAAAUCCCGGCCGAUCAGAAUGCGUCCGAGUCGUGGGAUAAUCUGGAAGAGGACCUAAAGGAACUGAGCGGCUUGGUGACGGAGUUCUCCCUGCUUGUCCAUUCCCAGCAGGAGAAGAUUGACAGCAUAGAGGACAACGUCAACACAGCCGCGGCCAACGUGGAGGAGGGGACCAGGAGCCUGGGGAAGGCGGCGGGCUACAAGCUGGCGGUGCUGCCGGUCGCCGGGGCGCUGCUGGGCGGCGUGCUGGGAGGCCCUCUCGGCCUGCUGGCCGGGUUCAAAGCUGCUGGGGUGGCUGCUGCUGUGGGAGGGGGCGCCCUGGGCUUCGCGGGUGGCAGCCUGGUCCGAAAACACCGCCGAGCUCAAGUGGACCAGCAGAUGAGUCGACUGACGGCGCCGCCGGCAGAAGAACUGGAGGAAAAUAAGGACAAAUGAAGCUCUACUGUGUGGACUGACUGACCUGGACCUGUGGGUCUGAGGAGACUCAGCGCUAGACAAUGUGUGCACUUUGUCAAACAGAUGUUUAAAAACUGCCUUAAUUACGACCUGCAGUCCUGCUCGGGUGGUUCUGCAUCAGGACAACUCCGACACUUUAAUCGUUUUAAUGGUUUACGUUUACCCAGGUUGGGUUGGAGUACAAAAAAAUCAAAUGCAAUGACUUCCUAAAAGCAUGAAAAGGAGCACAAAUUCAAACUUUUCCCCAUACAUGCACACAUACAGGCUCAAAUACAUACACCUCCACUAAAAUUUAGCAAUCUUUUAACAACCACAGCAGGAGUGUCCAAAAUGCCCCUCUGACCCCAUUUGGACAACAAAAUUUUCUUACAAUGGGAGAUGUUACGUACAACAUAAAGUAUUAAAGUGUAGUAGUAGUAGAAGACAACCUUUCACUGAAAAGUCGACUUUGCUGCAGCCAAAUUAGCUGCUUUUAUCUAAUUUAUGAAACUUGGCUAAAUAUAGCGAGCGUCUUGACAGAAAGUGAUCCAAAUCCUGUUCUUAUAAUCGAGAAUAAAUUUGUUCAUUCAAGCCAAAAGUAUUUAAAAAGUAGAUGCCUUUCUUUUAAGACAGCAAAGGCACAAAAUCCUUUCUAUGCUUUUGAUCUAUGAUCAUUUUCCCACCAAACAAAACAAACAUAAAAUGAACUACUUUAUUUGCUUAAUUUUAGUAAGUUUGGACACCCCGAACUGCAGGAUACGUCAUCCUCAAGGUUUUUGUCACAUCUUCAAGCUUCUUGUUUGGUUCUGGCUGGAUAUCGGACCAGUCUUCUUAUGAGUAUCUCUCAUUUAAAGUGUUUGCUAUUCUGGCACAGACCCGCCGUUGUUCAUUAAUGUUCAGAAAGCUUGCAGCCAUUCUAAGAAAAAGUAGCAUGACUCCACCACUACCAUUCAUCACUGUUGGUUCCAUGUUGUUUGGUUUGAAAGCCUUGCCCUCACUCCUUUAGCUACUGGUUUUCUUGAGCUCUACUGGUUUCAGGGUUGCACUUAGACACCCUAACAAAUUAUGUUUCAUCUGAGGAAAACAGUUUUGGUCAGAUUUUUGUCUGCAACAGGAAAAUUAUACCAAACACUGACGUUGAAGUGGAUAAAACAUUAACCUACUAGAAUACUUUUCCCCAAAGAUGACUUGAAUAUUGUUUAUAAUAUCUGAACUACGUUUUAAAAUCACAUCAUCAACAAGAAACCAAAUUAUUUGAAUGAACCCUACAGGUUCAGCCAAGAAGAAUGAUAUAAUUUUCUGCUCAAAUUACACCAAAACCUUGUUAAUAGUCCUGUGUGGUUGAAGUGCAUUUGACAAAAUGUAGGUGGUGGUAUGUACAAUUUUGACCCUUUAUGAAUUAUGGGGAAACUAACAAUAAAAUUAAAACUUUUCUAGUUGUUCCAAGAACAGCUCAAAUGGUGAGACUGCAAAAAUCUUCAGGUGUGAAUGGUUUCUUCAGCAAUAUUUACUGCAGCAAAGCACACUACAGCUUAUACCUGUUUUUUAAUCAAAAUGUGGCCUUUUGUGAGAAAAAUCAUCUGAGGUUUAAACAUUUUGUGCCAAUGCAUCACUGUUAAAGGCAAAUGAAAGCCUCGUCUCUUUCUUUUUUUCAUCUGCAGGGUUUCUACGUUGUCUAUUCUUCUGUGUUUUUGUGAAUAGCUAAUGAUAAAUGUAAGUAAUAAUUCUUAUAUUUAUGCAGCAAAGUAUCACUAAUGGUGCCAAAGUCCAGACCACUUCAGACUGGAGAGUGUGAAGUUGUUGUAUAUAGAGAUACUACUGUUGUCAAAUAAAUUAUUUCUUUUUCGCAAAGAUGUUGCUCAUUGACAGAAAUAAUGGAUGAAGAGACUGCCCAGCAUGAUGCUGCCACUACUGGGUUUUUGGUUGUUAGUUUAUGUGUUUUCGGCUUAAUGUAAAAAAAUUUUUUAAACUGUACGAAAAAGAAAAUAUAAAUAUCCAAGGAUAAUUCUCAUAAUUUCAGGAGACGUCAUGAUCAAUAACUAGGUAAGUUUGUACCUCUUGCUGCAAUAAGGUCAUUAAUUUAAUUAAAAACAUUUUUAAAUCAGCUUUUGCUUAAUUUUGUUUUCAAUGUAUGCAUUUUGUUUGUUGAAGCACUUUGUGAUUUUUAUCUUGAAAGCUGCUGUAUAAAUAGUUUUACUUACUAACUAGCAGGAAUAAGGGAGUUCCGACAAACACAAAUCUGUAAAAUGUAUUUUUAUUUAAUCUUUUUUUUUGUUCUCCUUCACCUCUGAGAUGAGCAAUUAAAAAAUGGCAUCGGACUUCCCCCCCCCCCCACCCCCCUUUGUUGCUUUGUAUGCGGGCUGAUAUGUCACUAUGCAGGUCCAAAAUGGGAGGACAGGACACACAACACAAAUGAGUCCCCAAACACGUCCAAGUCCAACGUCUUGAUUCCCAGAACAGUACGAAAACCUUACAGAGGUAUAAAGGGACUAAAACCGGAUUUACAAAGAAACAAAAAGAAAAACUGGUAGAAAGCAGCAGGCUUCAUUUUAACCGCUUGGGUUUUCCCCUAAAAACACUUGGGAGAGUCGUAGUGUUUUCGCCCCGGCAUGAAGACACAAA